UUAAUAUUCAGCGAUUCGUCUUCGUCAGUACCACGGCAUGAAGAAAACCAUUGUGAUGUUUCUUCGAUAGUUAAGUUUCAACUGUUAGCGAAGGGGACCUCGAGAGAGGAGUCGGGACGACGAAGCCGAUGCUCCUGCUAGCAGGGCCUUUAUAUAGUUCCAAAUUGUUUGGUAGCCCAAUGCGAGCGGUCAGACAGGAAUCAUUUGGUCGUAGAGGAAAGGAGAUUCUGUUCCAUAACAAACAAAUAGUCAGCUAAGCUCUUCCACUUAUUUAAUUGGCACCUCUUCCUUCAAGCCCUAUUCGGAAUCCUAGUAACCCUUUCCCAUCCCUCACCAGAAGCCAUGGAAACCUUCCUUAUCACUGUCCUGAUGAUCUCCAUUCCGAUCGUGGUACUCAUUGUCCGGACGACGAGACGACCGAUGGGAAAACUGCCACCCGGCUCUCUGGGAAUACCCUUGAUUGGGCAGAGCCUGGAGCUCCUCCGGGCGAUGAAGGCCAACACAGCCGACGCGUGGGUCCAGGCUCGAGUCCAGAAGUAUGGGCCAGUCUCGAAGCUGAGCCUGUUUGGGAAUCCAACGGUCCUGAUCCACGGGCCGGCAGCGAACAAGUUUGUGUUCUCCGGAGACAGCUCUACUGUGGCAAACCAGCAGACGAAGUCAGUUAAGAUGAUCUUGGGAGACAGGAACCUGCUGGAGCUAAGUGGUGAGGAUCACAAGAGGGUGAGGAAUGCUCUGGUCCCAUUCCUGAAACCCGAGUCGUUGAAGCAGUACGUGGAGAAGAUGGACUGGGAAGUCCGCGAGCAUCUGAAGACCCAUUGGAUAGGGAAGCAAAAAGUACAGGUACUGCCUCUGAUGAAGAACUUGACAUUCAACAUAAUCUGCACACUCCUUUUCGGGAUCGAGCGAGGGAUUAGGAGAGAUGACCUCAUCAAAUGCUUCCAACAUAUGAUACGAGGGAUGUGGUCGAUCCCCGUAAAGUUACCCUUCACAACCUUCAGUCGGGCCAUCCGAGCGCGUUGGAAAGCAGAAAAGAUCCUGAAGGAGGUGAUAGAAGAGAAGAGGGCAGAGAUUGGACAAAACAGUAACUCUAACCCCCGAGACCUGAUCAGUAGCUUGCUCAGCAGCGGGAGCAGAGAGGACGAAGCGAUCACAGAGGAAGAGAUCCUGCAUAACAGCAUGCUUGUGAUGGUGGCGGGACACGACACUUCAUCAGUCCUCAUCACUUUCAUCGUGAGGCUCCUAGCAAACGAACCUGCUGUCUACUCGGCAGUUCUCCAAGAACAGGAAGAGAUUGCUAAAAGCAAAGCUCCGGGGGAGGUUUUGACAUGGGAAGACUUAACAACGAUGAAGUACACAUGGAGAGUUGCACUGGAGACCAUGAGAGUCUUCCCUCCGCUAUUUGGCGGUUUCAGGACAGCCGUAAGGGACAUCGAGUAUGACGGAUACCUCAUUCCCAAAGGAUGGCAGAUAUUCUGGGUCUCAAGCAUGACCCACAUGGACGAGAGCAUAUUUCCAGAACCAUCAAAGUUCAACCCUGACAGAUACGAGAACCAGCUAUCGGUUCCGCCAUACUGCUUUGUAGGAUUUGGAGGCGGACCAAGAAUUUGCCCAGGGAACGAGUUUGCAAGGAUAGAGACCCUAGUUACCAUCCACUACCUGGUCACUAGGUUUUCAUGGAAAAUGUGUUCGGACAAUUCUUUCAGUCGGAACCCCAUGCCGUCUCCAUCUCAAGGGCUUGAAGUUCAAAUCACGCAAAAUAAAACCAUUGUAACAGCAUAGAAAGAUAUAGACAAAGCUUGCAGCAUUUUACCUAAUCGAAGUGUGUGUGUAAAGAAAGCCAGAGCGUCGAGCUCGUUCCAUUAAGGCUCAACUCGAAGCAAAUGCAAACUUUAUGUUUCAAAUGACAAACAGUAGGGCUAUUUAUUCCAUCCGAAAUGAUAAACAGUAUCUAUUACAA